AUCUUCAGCAAGUUUACUUACUCAGAUUAUCAAUGAAAACCAAUUUGCUCAACCACAUUUUAUUGUCCUUUCGUUGUUGUUGCCAUGUAUUGCUAAAGGUAUCCUGGGAUGGGAGCAUUUGAGCAGCAUAGCCACAUGAUGAUUGGAAUCAUCAUGACAAUCUUGCUUGGCAUUUGGAUGCUUGAAGGCAUCGUAGAGAGACCCAGCCAUCUUGAAUUGGUCUUGAGAAACGUGUUGUACUGCGCCAGCCCCACAGCAACACCAUUUUUUUUUAUCAUAAGCUUCAUGCAAUAGAAUUUGGACUCAUAAUUCAAAUUCCUUGUUUUGCUGUAUGUAGAGUUGCAGCCCAUCCCUUUUUCAUAAUCUUGGAUUCACUUUGGACAUGCAGGUCCGUGAAGUCCAAGACUUCUUUUUUUUUUUUUUUACUCUGCUGCAACUCAAAGAGGAAGAAGUCCUCUUCCUUUGAAUUCGCAAGUGGUGGGUUCACCACCACACUUAACUCUUCAUUUUGUUUUGCUUUUUCAGCAUGGCUGAUUUUAUUCUUUAGCUUUCACGUGGAGGGGCUCACCUUCGCAGGCUUUAUUCAUUUAUGUUUUCCAUUGAACUAACAUAGCUUUUGCAUAGGCAGCAAAAGCAACAGCAACAAAAGACAUUCUUGUCAAUUGGGUGACUUUAGGAUUUUCCUUUGCAAGUGACGUGGAGCCAAAAGAACCAAAGCCCCUUGUUGUCUUUUGCUGUAACAUCCCAAGGUUAAUAACCAAAGAGAUAAUUGGCAGGAAGUGGAGUUCCACUUUGUUUCUCCUUGCUCAUCGCCAGCUACAUACAAAGAGCACAAAAAGAAACCUCUUGCUUUGCACAUGUAUGAGUAUCUUGAAAGAGGUAGCUUGGCCACAAUGUUGAGCAAAGAUGAAGAAGCUAAAGAGUUGGGGUGGAGUAAAAGGGUGAAUAUUGUUAAAGGCUUAGCUCAUGCCUUGUCUUACAUGCACCACGAUUGCUUGCCACCGAUUGUACAUCGUGACAUCUCAAGCAAGAACAUUUUGUUGGAUUCUGAAUAUGAGGCUUGUGUUUCAGACUUUGGCACUGCUAAGUAUUUAAAUCCAAACUCAACUAAUUGGACUGCCGCUGCAGGCACAUAUGGCUACAUGGCACCAGAGCUUGCAUAUACAAUGGAAGUGAACGAGAAGUGCGAUGUUUAUAGCUUUGGAGUUGUCACACUGGAAAUAAUUAUGGGAUGCCAUCCAGGAGAUGUUUUCUCAUCUUUAUCAUCUGGAGCGUCAUCCUCGUCCUCACCUGCAUCACCUUUUUAUGAAAUGCCAAUUUCGGAUGUUCUGGACCAACGCAUCUCCCCGCCUACAAAUCAAGAAGCAAGGGAGGUGGUCUCUAUUGUGAAGAUGGCAUUUGCAUCAUUGAAUCCCAGUCCGCAGUCUCGUCCAACAAUGAAGAAAGUUUCUCAGCUCCUCUCAUCAACUCAGAGGCUGCAUUUGUCAAAACCAUUACAUAUGACAACAUGUGGUGAAUUGUUUGCUCUUGAUGGAUUCACUACCUGAUCAGGACAUGUACGCUGCUUUUCUGUAUUUGGUCUGCCUUGUUCUUAUUCUUCUUAGAUGUUUGGCUUAUUUGUAUUUUGCUUCAUUCUAUCUUUAGGCUCAGCUUUAAUAAGGGUUACUGGUAUAUAGAAAUGCUUUUCCUUUUAUGUAUGUAGUUAUGUAUGUAUGUGUCAUGUUGCCACCUAAAGUAUUAUGAAUAUGUUAUUGCAAUCUUGCAAUUAGUCCAACCC